CGGCGCUGCGUACGCGCCGCCUGCCGUCGAGCUGCUGGCGGGGCUCGCGCCUCAGCACGCGCCCCAGCACGCGCCCGAGCUCGCGGCCGCGUCGGACUCGUUCCCCGCGGCCGCCGCGUCGCUGUCGCCGCAGGUCGCCGGUGAGUAGGUCGCGGCGGCGCGCAGGCGCAGAUGAGGUAGAGUCGCGGAGCGCGUCUAACGCCGCUGGCUGUGCUCGCUGUUGCAGGCGCCGUGGGGCCGCGACGCGCCGGCAGCGCUGCGGGCGACGCCGCGUGCCUUCGCGCCUCGUCCGUCCGCUCUCUUGCCUCUAGAAUGAAUCCCUCCUCAGUGAUCAGUGUUUCUGCUUUCUGUUUCAGACUAGAUAUAAGUUAGGUAUUUGGUAAACGCUUAGGCGUGCGACGACGCUGCGGCCGGGCGGCGGCGGCGGCUGCGCGCGCUCCAAUGUGGAUUCCUCGCCGCGCCCAUCUACGACUUGCAACAAGUUGGAGAUGUAUACACAGGCCCCGGUGCGAAGUGUGCUACUCUGCCGGCAAUCCUGGGCGGGUCGCUGCCACGGUUGAGCAGUGAGCAGGCGGACGCGGUCGCACGCGCCAAGAAGUACGCGAUGGAACAGAGCAUCAAAAUGGUGCUGAUGAAGCAGACGCUGGCCCACCAGCAGCAGCAGAUGGCGUCGCAGCGCACGCAGGUGCAGCGCCAGCAGGCGCUCGCGCUCAUGUGCAGGGUGUACGUGGGUUCGAUAUCGUUCGAGCUGAAGGAAGACACGAUCCGGCAAGCGUUCCUGCCGUUUGGGCCGAUCAAGUCAAUCAACAUGUCGUGGGACCCGGUCACGCAGAAGCACAAGGGGUUUGCGUUCGUCGAGUACGAGAUCCCCGAGGCGGCGCAGCUCUCGCUCGAGCAGAUGAACGGCGUGAUGCUCGGCGGCAGAAACAUAAAAGUGGUCGGUCGGCCGUCUAACAUGCCGCAGGCGCAGGCCGUCAUCGACGAGAUCCAAGAGGAAGCCAAGCAAUACAAUCGGAUAUACGUGGCGUCCAUACACCCCGAGCUCACUGAGGAUGAUAUCAAAAACGUUUUCGAAGCGUUUGGACCAAUAACGUACUGCAAGCUCGCGUACGGCGCAUCCCAACACAAACACAAAGGGUACGGGUUCAUCGAGUACGCGACGCUGCCGGCGGCGCUGGAGGCCAUCGCGUCCAUGAACCUGUUCGACCUCGGCGGCCAGUACCUGCGCGUGGGCCGCGCCAUCACGCCGCCCAACGCGCUGGCCGGCCCCCCGCAGCCCUCCGCCAUGCCCACUGCCGCCGCCGUCGCCGCCGCCGCCGCCACCGCCAAGAUACAGGCCAUGGACGCCGUCGCCAGCAACGCCGUCGCGCUCGGACUCACCAAACUCAACGCGCUCGGCGUCUCGCCCGCCGCCGCGCUCCCCAAGCUCGCCGCCGCCUUACCCGUCGCGCUGCCCACGGCGCUGCCGCUGUCCGCCGCGCUGCCGCCCGUGCUGCCGGCCGCGCUGCCGACCGCCAUGCCGCCCGCGCUGCCCGCGUCGCUGCCGGCGGCGCCGGUGGUGUCGGGCGCUAUCCCGCCCCCGGGCGUGGUGAUUCCGCCGUCGCCGCGGCCGGCGCGGGCGGCGUCGGACGCGCCGGCACCGACGCCCGCGCCCCCGAGCGCGAUGACGGCCGCGCCCGCGCCGCUGGGCGAGGCGGAGGUGCAGCAGGCGGCGCUGCAGCGCAAGCUGCUGGACGCCUCGCCCGACACGCUCCAACAGCAAGAGUCGCUCUCCAUAUCGGGACAGUCAGCACGACAUCUCGUCAUGCAGAGACUGAUGCGCCGGCGCGCCUCCCGGACCGUGCUGCUCUGCAACAUGGUCUCCGCCGACGAGGUGGACGAGGCGCUGCACCACGAGAUACAGGAGGAGUGUUCGAAGUGGGGUCGUGUGGAGCGGCUCGUGAUCUACAACGAGCGGCAGACCGAGGACGAUGACCCCGCGCACGCCAACGUCAAGAUCUUCGUGCAGUUCGCGGAGCCCGACGAGGCGUGGCGCGGCGGCGCGCGCGCUGCACGGGCGGUACUUCGGCGGCCGCACCGUGCGCGCCGCGCUCUACGACCAGGACCUGUUCGACCACGGCGACCUCUCCGGCUGACGAGCCGCCAGCCACACCACCAGCCACACCACCAGCCACACCACCAGCCACACCACCACCACCACCACUAUUCUCACACUUUAUUAAAUUACUUUUUUACAAUAUUGUAGUUCAUAUUUCCCCUUUCGGCUUACUACAAC